CAUCGGCACCCGUACCGGGUGCCCCUUUAUAGGCUCGGUCCGAGGGGGUGGGGGGCGGCGGCGGCCCCAGCCCCGAGGGGGCGGCUCCCCCCCUAAAAGCCGGCGGCGGGACGCGCGGCGGGCAGAGGCGCGGCCGGCGCUCCCCGGUGUUCCGGGGCCGGCGCUCCCCGGUGCCGCUGCGGCUUGGCCCGCCAUGCCCCCACGGGGGCUGCUCGCCCGGGCUCCGGCUCCGCGUUCCCGGUGUAGCAGCAGCAGCCACCGCUGCCGCCGCCGCUACCGAUCGCCGCCGCCGCGCCCGCGGCUCUGAGCGCCGCCGCCGCCACCGGGAGACCGCGCCCGCCCCGGCUCCAAGAUGCUCCGCCAAGGGGGGUUUGCGGAGCUACUGCUGGUGCUGCUGGGGCUGAAGGUGCCUGGUGCCCUGGGCUGCCCCACCGACUGCGUCUGCUACCCGUCCCCGAUGACUGUCAGCUGCCAGGCUCACAACUUUGUCACUAUCCCUGAGGGCAUCCCUGAGGACAGCGAGAGGAUCUUCCUUCAGAACAACCAGAUCACCUUGCUGCUGCGGGGCCAUUUUAGCCCCUCCAUGGUCACCCUCUGGAUCUACUCCAACAACAUCACCUUCAUUGACCCCAACACCUUUGAUGGGUUCGUCAACUUGGAAGAGCUGGACUUGGGGGACAACCGCUACUUAAGGGCUUUAGCUGCAGACACUUUCCAAGGGCUGGUGAAACUCCAUGCCUUGUAUCUGUACAAGUGUGGGCUGAGCUCUCUCCCCAGUGGGAUAUUCGGUGGCCUCCACAACCUGCAAUACCUUUACCUGCAAGACAACCACAUCGAGUUCCUUCAGGAUGAUAUUUUUGUUGACUUGGUUAACCUCAGCCAUCUUUUUCUCCAUGGAAACAAGCUCUGGAGCCUCCAUCAGAACACAUUUAGGGGACUAAUAAACCUGGAUCGGCUGCUCAUCCAUCAAAAUCAGCUGCAGUGGAUUCACAGGCGGGCUUUUCACGACCUCCGAAGAUUGACCACCCUUUUCCUGUUCAAUAACAGCCUCUCAGAGCUGCAGGGGGACUGCCUGGCCCAUCUGGGAGCCCUGGAGUUUCUAAGGUUGAAUGGGAACCCAUGGAGCUGCGAUUGCAAAGCCCGUUCACUCUGGGAAUGGCUGCACAGGUUCAGAGGCUCCAGCUCUAGCGUCAUCUGCGAGUCCCCCGAGCAGAUGCAUGGCAAGGACCUCAAGGUGCUAAGAGCAGAAGACUUUAGGAACUGUUCGGGGUCCGAGUCACUCCAUCAGAUGAAAACACACACUUUCUCCACGGCAGACAGAGGAGCCUCCAAAACCCACCACCCUCACCACUCCUCCAAGGAGAAGGGGAAGGAGAGAGGGGCUGAGAACAGUUUGCACAGCAGCCAGCUGUGCCCCCCCGGCUCCCGGCCGGGCUAUCGCAAACCCGGCAAGAACUGCACCAGCCACAAAGGCCGGAACCGAACCUCUAAACCCAUACCCUUGGGGCCACGGAAAAAUGGUCAGGAGGUUCCAGACUAUGUGCCUGAUUAUCAGCACAAAUUCAGUUUCGGGGCGAUGCCAACGCUCUCCCCCAAACGCAAGGGUAAGUGUACCCGGCGGACACCCAUCCGCCCGCCCAGCGGGGUCCAGCAGGCUGCCGGCUGCUCGGGGCUCAGGGCAUCGCUCCUGGUUUUUAUGAUGGUGUUAGCGGCCGUCAUACGCUGAGCCCCCGGCUGCGGAUGGAGCGAAGCUGUACUGCCACCAAUCUACAAAGGACCAGAGUUUCUUUUCUUCUUGUUUUUUUGUACGUGGCUAGCGCUGGCCUGGCGAAGGGAAGAACGCUCCUCUUGGCUUCUGACGGUCUCUCCCUGCCCGGCCGGGCUGCCAACGCGGACUGUGCCGAACGCAGUGGGAGCGGAUUAAAAAGGCAUUAUCACACCUUGUCACAAACAGCCUAAACCGAGCACCUACAGCAACAACAACAAAGCCAACCUUAUAAAAAAAGCAGAUAAGAAGGACGGGAGCCAAUUCGUGGGUGACAACAGCCGGACAAAUGGACUGCAUCCGUGCUCUUGUGAAAUCCCCUUCACUCCAGAGCGCUCUGAGCGACCCCUCCAGCUACCAAAAGGAACAAAAUUGCUGUAAAAAUAAACAAACAAACGAUCACCAGUUAAGCCUACACCAUUUCUCUGAAAGUGAGUGCAAAGACACUGAUAUCGAUGUAACAAGGACGUUGGUUCUCCCACAUUUUAGCCCUUUCGGCUCCAAACCCAGAGACCAAAGUUGGCUGGGAACCUCUUAGAAGACAAUCUCGAACCCCUGAAUAUCUCAGGCAUUACAAGCAGGACAGGGCUUAGCCUGCUGGGCUUGGAGUAGCCAACAACCAAAGGAAAGACUGAUGAGAGGUGGAAUUAAACAAGCAAACAACCCAACAAACCCAACACUUAAAGAUAUGAGAUACCUGCAGGAGGUGCAUUCUUUAUUUUAGUUUGGUUUGGGUUUUUUUUUUUUUUGUUUGUUUGUUUGGUUUGGGUUUUUUUUUGGUAACCAUGUUCACACAUCUGGAAAAAACCAACCAACCAACCCACCCCAACAAAUGCACAGGCUCCCCUCUUCCCCUCAAUUAUCCAUAUGUAUGUCUUAUAAUGUUUAUAAACUAUAUGGAAACUAUAUCUCCAGAACUAAGGAUUGUACUGUUGAAUUUAUAGCAACCCAGUAUAUGAUUUUCCCUUUUAUUUUGGGGUUUUUGUUUCUCCUUUCUCCUCAAGAAAACAAACCGGCAGCAGUGCCUACAGAUGCUGAAAGCCAUCGGGCGGGCUCAGUACGCGCGGGGGGAACCACAGCGGACCAAUGUUCUCAGCAAUUCCCAGCACUAAACUUUGGGAGUGGUGUGUGGCUGUGUGUGAUGCAGCAAAGUUGAUAUCCAGAGAGCCAAAACUCACCCUUACAGCCUAAUUUGUAACCGGGGAGAGGGAAGAGAGAGAGAGGUUAAUUAGUCCAAAUAAAUAGAGCCAUGGAGUUCUGUCUCCAGAUAGUGCUGUGAGGCCCCAGGGAAGAAAGGGGCUUUUCUGGGAGGGGCUGGAGGCAGAGAGGGGCUUCCCAGCCAUGUUGGUGGUGUGAGGACCUUUAUAGCUGGCCUAAGGUUUUCACUGGGGCAGCAAGGAGAAGUUUUCAGGCUUCAUAGUCCUGACAGGACAGGAUAGUAGAGAAGUUUUGCUUCUUAAAAGAAAGAGAUCUUGUCACAGGAAGAGUCAGAGAAGGGGGAAACUGCAGCUCAUAGAGGACUGAUGAGAAGUGCAGGGCCCAGAGCUUCUGGUCUGCUGUAGGAGAGCAAAAUAAAUGGUCCUAGGGAGCUGUGUGAAGGGGCAUGUGGCUAGGUAGGGGACAGAGAACAGAUGUGCUUGUUCCCCUUGUCCCAGAUUAAACCCCGUGGCGGAGGGAUGCAUUGGCUGGUCAGAGGCACAACAGAGGUGGCAGCAUCACUGGUGGCAGCCCAUGGGCUCAGGGAGGUGCUGCCCAAAUUCUGUGGUUUGUGUGAAUUCCCUGUCAGUGUGGAUAUGUGAGACCAAACAGACACUGAAGUUAAUUAAACAAGGGAAAUAAAAGUGAUCUUGGACAAGAAAA